ACGACCACACCAGCUUGUAAUCAGCUCUUGACACUCUCAUCUCUGCUGGGCCUUAGGCAUUCUGGCCAUAGAAGCACAUAUGGCACAGUAUAACAUCAAUAUGCCUCUCGGUGGCAGUGGUUGUGCCACUCUGAAGCUAUCAAUUGAACGCGCCCCUCCGACUUCGCCGGAGACACGAGCCAUGCCGAACCCAUAUCAUGAAACUAUAACGGUGUCCAGCUGCUUUCAUACUUGCUGCAAGACCAUAGACCCUCUGGCCUCACCUGCUUCCGCGUCGUUGAAGAGCAGUCACCCUGCGGCAUCCCAUUUCCCUCAUAUACAUCAAAUUCCCAUGGGCCAGCCAUCGAGUCCACAGGUCCAUACAUGCUCGCGCUCAACAGCACGUUCACCUGCGGCCACGAAGUCCCCGCUUCCCGUAUUCCCCUCACCCAUUGCUCCACGUCCGGCCGCCCAAUCCACGCUCAAAAAUCUCGAUCUCGGCCGCGCCAGUGUCCUCAAAACACCGCCAAGGAGGCCGCGCGACCCACGAUCAUCACCUGCGCAGUCCGUGUGCUCCAUAUCUACAAAGUCCCCCAGCAAAUCCCCGACUGUCCGUAAGGAAGUACGUGCGCGUUCCUCGUCUAUCCCUCCUCUCCCCACCCAGUUUGGUAUCGGUACUUUCAUAGCGCACCCAGAAGUGCAACGCGCCUUCUUCCCGAGUUCGGCGGGUCACCAGCGUGACCGCAGUUCGAGUCCUGUACGCCCUACAUCACCGCUCCCCUGCUCCUCCCCCAUACCGCAGCAUCAGCGUGAAUGCUCCCUGCCGCUAUCUGAAGCCGGUCUCAGCACAGCGGACACUCAGCUCGAUCCCGACCCGAUCCACGAUGCAUAUAAGCUUGGGUAUUACAACGGGCGAGUUGAAGGCAGAAAGGACGCCCUCAUCGAACAGAAGGCAGUCAAGACAUGCAACUCUUCUGAGGUGCAGGAUACUGAGCCAGUAUCGACUGCGGGGGACCUCACGUUGGUUGCGUCUGACGAGCCUGAUAGCCCGAAGUCCCGUGUCCCGACCCCAGACAUCAUAUCAGGCUGUGAACUUACUCCAGCGACGCGCAAGCGCAUCGCCGCGGAGCUCCAGCCCGCCCAUAUCAGCCUUCAAGCCGUCAAGCGAUUCAAGGUGGCGCCAUAUGUGCCCGACUGGCAGUACCCCGAACGGAUGUAA